AUGGAAAUGGAUAGCAAUUUGGAAUGGAGAAACAAUGUCUUAAGUUUGUGGAUACUACAAAAAGAAAAAAAUAAGGGUUAUGUAUAUAACCCAUUUAGAAUUAUAGGAAGUAUAGGAAAUAAUAAUAUUAAAAUAGUAAAGCCUAAAUUUUUUAAAGUGGAAAAUAUAGGGGGUGGAUUAUUUUGUUAAGGUAUAAAAAUUGGAAAGUGAUUAGAGUUGGAUGAUGGAUUUUAUGACCAAUUGUGGUGAGUAUAAAAAUGAUAAAAAGGUUGCUAUUUGGAAUAUAGAGUACGAAGGAUAUUUAAUAUAAGUAAUAAAAAUAAAUGGAAAUAGUGGUGGCGAAUUUUAUUAUGAAGGAAUUAAGAAUGGUAAUUAGAUUGAAUUGGACGAUGGAUUUUAUAUUUGUAAAUAACUCAUCUACAGUGGUGAGUAUAACAACGGUAAAAAGGUUGGCAAUUGGUGUAAUAAAUAUAAUGGACAAUUAUUGUAAAAGAAGAAAUAUUUAGUGAAAUAGUAGGGGUGGAUCGUAUUAUGAAGUAGGAAAGGUUGGAGAGUGGAUAGAGUUAGAUGAUGGAUUUUCUACUUAAAAAUAAGUAACCUAUAGAGGGGAAUAAUAAAAUAGUAAAAAGGUUGGUAGAUGGAAUAUUUAAGGAAACAUGAUUGGAAUAAGAAAUAUAGAAUCUUAUAAUGUUGUUGGAUCGUAUGAUGAAGGAAUUAAGGUUGGCAAAUGCAAUGAGUUGGAUGAUAAAUUUUAUUUGAAAAAAUGA